AUGUCGACAACAGCGAUUCCGGUGGGGGUUUCAACAUCAUUUUUUGUUUUAUUGGUCAUUAUUGUUAUCGGAACACGGCUGUGGCUGACUCGUGUGAAUCGCUUAUUUGUUCAGCAGUUGUUGUCGGAGUUUGAUGGCGACAGUGUGCCCACUGUCACCUUCGUUUUGGCGCAUCCGAGCGAUGAAACGUACUUCUUCACCCCUACUUUAGAAGUUUUGGCAAACUCCCCUUAUGUCGCGCAGCAUGAACUCAAGAUUCGCCUACUGCUGCUGAGCAAGGGAAAAUACGUCGGCAAGGGAGAUGAGCGAACCUUCGAAAUAGAGUCUUUAUGCAACAAGUACAAUGUGCUGUGCACGAUCUUAGAUGAACCCUACACACAAGAGGGACCGCAGUUCUGGGAAACUAGCCAAAUAGUCACCCAUGUUCAUGAUUUCUUGAAGCAGCACAAGUCGCAGGUGGUCAUCACCUUCGACCAGUACGGUGCGGACUCAGAUCCCAACCACAUCAGCACGUAUCACGCCGUCUAUGAGUCGAAGGAGAAAAUACCUGACCUGAGGAUCUGGACGCUUCGGAGUUACGGUGUGCUUACGACAAACUGUGCGCCAUUUGCCCUUAUGCGCGCUGUGUUUGCUCGCCCCAGUGCAAGCUUGUUCACUUCCUUCCCUGCUGACAAGAACACGAAGAUACACGCGAGCAGUUGGACGUGGAAAACCCCGUUCCGCAAUUUGUUCAGCUCAUACAGUUACGUAAACACAUACAGGACCUUAUGA